GUUGGUGCGAGCGUCAUCAGUGGGCGGGGCCUGAGUGGCAGUGUUCUGGAACAAACGGCGGAAGCGGCGCGGUGUCCCUCAGCGGCUCUCGCGCAUUAAACCUCUACAAAACAACAAGAGCCAUGAAGAUCUGGACGUCAGAACACAUUUUCAACCAUCCAUGGGAAACUGUGACCAAAGCUGCCAUGCAGAAGUACCCAAACCCCAUGAACCCCAGCGUGUUUGGCGUGGACGUGUUGGAUCGUAAUGUGGACCAGCAGGGACGGCUUCACAGCAAACGUCUUCUCAGCACUGAAUGGGGUCUGCCAUCCAUCGUGCGAUCGAUAAUUGGCAACACUCGGACAUGUACGUACAUCCAGGAGCACUCCGUAGUCGAUCCCAAAGAGAAAAGCUUUGAGCUUCAGUCCACUAAUAUCACCUUCACUAACAUGGUGUCUGUGGACGAGCGGCUUGUUUACCGACCGCACCCAGACGACCCGGAGAAGACCAUGCUCACGCAGGAGGCCAUCAUCUCUGUGAAGGGCGUCAGUCUCAGCAGCUAUCUGGAGGGACUCAUGGCCUCCACCAUCUCCAACAAUGCAGGAAAGGGUCGUGAGGCGAUGGAGUGGGUGAUCAGACGUCUGAACACAGAGAUUGAGGAGUUGGCCAUCACAGCCAGAGGAACCCUGAGGACACCGAUGGCUGCCGCCGCUGUCACAGAGAAGUGACCGCUCCUCUCUUCCUCUCUGUCGCCGCUCUUCUCUACACAUCGUUCUCCAAUGGUGGAACUUCAUUCCCGGCGUCCUGCACAUCCGAGCGUCUACAUUAGAGGCUGACGGGGACGUCCAGCGGCGGAGAGACGCUCAAAUUCUCAAACAUAGUUUUAAUGAAUCAGUAUAACAGGACGGACUCAUCCUAUCUGAUGCGAUGAAGGAAGUGGAACAACUAUUCAGCCAAACCAUUCAGCUCUGUUACACGUGAUUCUUACAGUCAGAGAGCGCUGAUACACUUGAAAACUGUUAGUAUAUUAAAAUUUUUAUUACUACUAUUAAACUAGUAACACUUAAUCCAAGCAUCAAGGAAGGGAACAAACAUAUCCAGACUAGAUUUGGAGGAGCGUUGCGGAUGUCCACUGGAUUCUUCAGAGAGCCAAUCAGACGCUGAGCACUGAAGAGAUGAUGGUGUAUAAACCACAGAAUGUCACAUGACCAUCGAGAAUGGUUUAUGUCUUGCCGUGACUGUAAGUGCAGUGUUGAUCCAGAUGUGAAACGUGUGUGUGAUGAUGGGAAACAUCAGAAAUAGGGUGAAAUACAUUCUAUUUAUUUAUUUAUUUUUGGUAGGUUUAUGUUAUUUCAUGCAUCCAUGAAUCACAACUUCAUUGUCUUCAUCGUCAGCGGUGGGAUAACGGUGUCAUGAAGCUGAAUGUGACGGUGAAGACGGUGCUUCUGUUCUGUUUGUGGAUGUGUUCUUGUUUUAGAGAUGUUUGUGUUUUUCCUUCUGGCAUCGAAGACCUUCUGUAUGUUUGGUUUACUUCAGUUUAAAUAUUAUGAUGAACUAAAAUAAAAAAAAACUGCAUUUAUUUAUACUGAAUGUAAAUGUUUGUUACUGGCAUAUUUAAUAUUAAAUCAAAUAGAGCAACUUGGUGGAAAGGUUGAAGUAAUUUAGGAAUGAAUUAAAUGACUAGUGUUUUAGAGAAGAUCUCUGUUCAUCAUUUAUUCUCCGAACACUGCCAAAGCAGUUUACAGAUGUUGAAAUAAACUAACAUUCGUCCUAAA